UGAAAUAAUCAGUCAAAUGAUACUUGUGGACUGAACUAAAAUUGUGAAGUACUUGAUGAAAGAAAUUUAUUCGAGAAAAUCAUUUCUAGACACAUCUGACGCUCUAAGCAUCCUCAAUUUAACCUUUCUUUGUUGGUGUUGGAAUGCUGGAAGAAGUAACAAAAAACACCGCGAGGAAUAUUUCAAAUGGCAUUCUCCUACAAGUGUGCGAUUUACAGAAAGGGAAUAAACAGGAAAGCAAAUAUAAAAAAGAUUUCUUUUGUAAAACGAAGAAACAGGAGGAUAAAAUAG